AUAAGCAGUUACAGUAAACGGCGUCCUAAUAGUUUGAAGUAAACUUGAGAAGAAAAGAGGAAGUUUUCCGAUUGUACCAUCGCUAUUGUUAUUUUUCAAGUAUUUUGUAAUAAACAAGAGCUAUGUCUGACUACUAUGUUGACGAAUACGAACACUUCAAUUACGAUUACGACAAGCAUAUUUUUACCGGUCACAGUGGAAAACAACGAAGCAAACGUGAAGCUCUUACGCACACAAAUCAUUUUGACCCGUGCGGCCAUUCUAGAAAGAUCCUCACUAAAUUGAUGAAUUCUGAGCAUAAUAAACGGCAUGCUGGAAAGACCAAAGCAUAAGCAAAGCUUGGAGAUUGCUGUCCUACUUUUGGAAAAAGUAUUUGUCAAAUCUAGCAGAUUGACAUUUCUUAAACAUUCUUAAAUAUAAU